AAUCAGUCAUAAACACACACACAAUGCAAUUGAAUGCAGUGCAGUUAAUAUUGUUUAGAUCCAAGAGUAAAUAUCUGCAGAAUAAACAGAAACAAAAGUCGAUAGACCUGUUUAGGAAUAAGAAUCACCCUGAGUUUAAAAAAUAUGACAUUAUGAGUUUUUGUAAGUAAAGCAGACAUAUUUGAUUUUAAGUCAAAGUUUGAUUAGUAAAUUCUUUAGCUGUUUGUUCUUUCUAAUUUUUUGGGUUUGAGGUCAGGUAGAGCCCUUCAACAACAAAUUCCUUAAGAAGUCUCCAGCUUGUCCAGAAUCCGGCAUAAAGAUUGUUAGCAGGAACUAGCAGAAGAGAUCACAUCACUGUUAGUUUCACUUCCCUGGCUCCCAGUUGAUUCUAGAAUCAAGUUCAAAAUCCUCCUGCUAACCAACAACGCCUUGAAUGGUAUGAACCCAUCCUAUUUUGAAGAUCUCAUAGUGUCUUACUACUCUCACAGUCUGUAGGCCUUGUGUAGGUCUAUGGGGUUCCAUCUGUGUCAAACACUGUUUAUGUCUACUGAAGAAGUUUAUUGAACACACUACACGUUGUGCGUGACCAUAUCGGGGAGCUGCAAUUUCCCAUGAAUCCACUAGAGGGAAGCACUCCUCCGCUGGGUGCAGCUUUGAUAGAACCACACACAGCACCAUAAAGAAUUCCAAAGUUUGCAGUUUCAAACAUCUCAAUAAUCUCAAGCUAUUUGUAUUAUGUUUGCUGAUAUAUUUAACCACAUGAAAGGAUUUCUCAAGUUGGUGUAAGUGUGGAGUGUAAACAGAGGCGCCAGCAACACAACUUACCAAAUGGAGAAACAUCACAACAGAGAAGCAGACACCCAAAGACGCAGAGGCCAAAACAAACACUUUUUGAAAAACAUUUAAAAUUAUGUUUGGCGAAGUUUCUGUUUCCGUUUUGUUCUCUGUUAUUUUCUUGGAAUUGAAAAAUGCCACAACUUCUUUGGACAUCCUCUCAUGAGGCGUUCAUGAAUUUAAUUUAAUUCAAUUUUAUUUUAGAAAUGUAGCGGUUUCCGGACAUCGUGGAAAACAGAAGAAAUGAAUGGAGAAGAGAAGAUCUUUGCGCAGCCACAUUCUUCCCUCGGUUGAGCUGUCUGCUGCGCUGUCCUGCCUUCUAGUUCAAAGUUCUGGCUUGGAGUAACUUGUUGCACCUCUGCAAAAAAAGAUUUCCCGGAAUAUUUGUGUGCGCGCGCUGGCACGGACGCGUGAGUCCAUGAUUUUUUUCAAACGUGCGCUGGAAACAGCUAUGUCUGUGUUUUGGCUGCGCACUGAAACACGCGAGGAGCGCGCACGCAGCAACAAUCUCCCAAAAAUCUUCACUGCAACACAUGAACUUCUCUCUCAUCUCUUGCGCCCCUCUUUCAUUUCCACCUUUCCUCCACCUCUCCUUUAACUUCUCAUUGUCUCUUCAGGCCUCCCGAUCCCCUUUACUCUGCAGAGCAUAAUCACAAUGAUCAAAGACCGGUCCUCCCUGUUAUCCAGAGAAGGGAGGAGAGCUUCUAAACGCUCAAUGGGGGGCAUAACAACCGCUUAGAACAGCAAAGUCUGUCCCUGACCAGUUUGGAAACUGGAAUUUGACGACUCAGAAGCUGUUUCACAGAGUUGUACAGAGUGGAAUGGAACCAAGGUGUCAGAAAGAAAAGACGAGGAUCGCCGCCAGCUGGCCAAAAAGAGGAGCGCCUUCGUAUUUGACCCGCCUGCGUCAACACGAACCGCAGGAAAUCUGUAAAGAAAAAUCUGGCGUCUGACUUAUGUAAAACAUGUUUUUGCCGCUGGGACAUUUCUUUUGUUAAAAGCAUGCAAUUUGUGGAGUCUAAAGUCUUUUCAUGCACAUCCAAGCAGCACAAACAUCAACAAGAGUUGGAAUAAAACAGAGUUUAUGCUGUGGUGCUGGUGAUGCUUCCGCACACGGAAUGGCAGGUUAGGUGGAUGGACCAGAAGCUCCUCUCAGCCAAAGUGAAAAUUAGCGCAGGCUUUAGGACCGCGGGUGGAUCUAUGUGUCAGGAAAACCUCAAGCACCACAAAUACUCAAAAACCUGCUUUGCGCGCCUAAGUUGUUAUUUUGAGCCAUGAUGAUGAUGGAGUCCAGAGGACGCAUGCGUAACAGCAACUACUAGGGUUUGUUUUUCCUCUGUAUUGGAUCAUCCUUGCUGGGUGUCUUCACUUUGGUGAAAUGCAAUCGACUCCCACAUUAGGCCAAAACAAAAAUUUCAAGUGAAAUAUUGAACACGGCGACCUUUCAGCAUGAAGCUCCGCAGAAAGGUUGCAGCUGUCCGCAGGAGGAUGCUCUGCCUCUGGCUUUUGCUCCUGGGGCUUUCUCUGGCAAUGCUGGGGAUGUCCGAUUUUUUAAAUCACAAGGAUCUUCACGCAGCCGACCCUUCCCGCCGUCCCCUCCAGUGGCUCCCCAGUCCACCAGAGCUGGAAGUCAUCGUGGACUCUCUGGACCCUGCUAUGGAGCUUGGCGUCGACACGGCUCCGCUAAAAUCCCUUCAAGAGGACCAGCUGUUGUUCGUGUUCCCCUCCGCGCAGGGCACCUGGACGCAGCAGGAGAGGAAGCGGAGUUACAAGAUGUUCAAGCGCGGAACUUUCAAGGACGCAACCGCGGCAGGACCGCUGGGGUCAGUCCGGGGGCGCACGGGGAGUAUACAGAUGGAGAUGGAACAGGCUUCGGUUCAGAGGCACGGCUUCAACGAAGCGCUCAGCGAGACAAUCUCACUGCAUCGGAGGCCCCCAGAGGCUCGCCAUCCUGAAUGUUUUGGGGAGAAAUACAGCGAAAUAUUGCCUUCUGCCAGCGUUGUCAUCUGUUUCCACGAGGAGCCCUGGUCCACGCUCAUGCGCACUGUCCACAGCGUGCUGGACACCUCUCCCAGACAGUAUCUGCAGGAAGUCCUGCUGGUGGACGACCUAAGCCAGAAUCGUCACCUGAAGGCCAGACUAGGCAGCUAUGUGUCUGGACUUGAUGGGGUUCGUUUGAUUCAUAGCACCAGGCGCCUGGGUGUAGGCGGUUGCCGUACGAUGGCGGCCGCAAAGGCCAAAGGGCAGGUUCUGGUGUUCAUGGAUUCCCACUGUGAGUGCCAUGAGGGUUGGCUGGAGCCUUUGCUGGAAAGAGUUUCACAGGACAGGAGCAGAGUGGUGUCUCCAGUUAUGGACGUAAUAGACUGGAAGACGUUUCAGUAUAAUGCUACCCAGUGGCCUGUGAGGGGAGUUUUUGACUGGAGACUUGACUUCUACUGGGAAUUAAAUCCUCCGCUGCAAGAAAUUCCUCCAGAAGAGGCUGUUUUACCGUUACAGAGCCCAGCUUUGGGAGGCGGAGUUUUGGCCAUUGACAGAAAUUUCUUUCAAAGCGUGGGAGCCUAUGACCCUGGGAUGCUGCUGUGGGGGGCGGAACAAAUCGAGCUGUCAAUCAGGGUGUGGUCCUGUGGAGGAUCCAUGGAAGUGGUGCCCUGUUCCCGUGUGGCCCAUCUCAGUCGACAUCACUUACCCUACAUCUUCCCAGAUCAGGAGAUGCUCAGGAGAAACAAAAUUCGGGUUGCUGACAUUUGGAUGGAUGCCUACAAGAAGAUCUACUACAGGAGGGACACACUUGCUCAUUUAAUCAAACAGUCGGAGAGCCCAAACAUUGCAGAACGGCUGCGGCUAAAGAGAAGUCUGGGUUGUAGGAAUUUUCACUGGUUCCUGUCAACAGUUUACCCACAGCUCUAUGUUCCCCAGGACAAACUGGCUUUGUCCGGCGAGUUGUACAAUGUGGGCACUGGCAACUGUGCAGACUACGCCAGGGAGGAACAACAGCAGGGGGCCGGCAUGAACAUAGCACCGUGCAGCGGGACGGGCAGCCAGCACUGUGAGUUUAACUCUGAGGGGGAAGUUAGAUGGGGGAGCAUGGGGUCCUUGUGCAUGCAUGUUAAAGGAAACAAAGUGGUCCUCUCUCCAUGCUCUGCCCACCAACCAACCAACAGGGGACUCAAGUGGAAAUUCAUAAAGCUGAGCGGACAGCUCGUUCACCAGCAGUCUCAGAUGUGUGUGGAGGCUGUUCAACAAGCAGGCCUGCUGCAGAGCAAAACAGGAGAAGUACAUAAACCCACUGCAGGUGGACUCUACUUGAAACCGUGUACACGUCACCCCAGACAACAGUGGCACUUUGAGCAGUUAGUUGCCCCCAAAGGUAACUGAUAGAGUUUACUAAUAAAGUUAUCAACCAGUUUUAUAAACCAGAAAAAACCAUUGUCAAUCACGUGAAAGGAAAAACUUGAGAUUUGUUCUGUUUGUUGAACUAAAUAUUUUUGCCAUGAUCCUCUAUAUUUACAAUAAAAAUGGUUAAAGAUCUGA